AUGGCUCCUAUCAAGACACUCAAAGAGAUCCCAACUCUCACAAGCUUGUACAAGCUCAAGCAUCUCGCACCGGCAGCUUCAACAGUGUCGGGAGCCAGCAGCGCCUACAACGACAGGAUAUGUGUCAUCCGCACCGACAUUACAAAGCUUGAAGUCGAUGCAAUCGUCAACGCAGCUAACGAGUCUUUGCUAGGCGGCGGUGGUGUUGAUGGCGCCAUUCACCGCGCAGCCGGCAGAGGACUCUUGUACGAAUGCGAGACACUUGACGGUUGCGACACAGGCGACGCCAAGAUCACUGAUGGUUACGAAUUGCCAUGCAAGAAGGUCGUCCACACUGUCGGUCCCGUUUACUGGCGCACUAAGAAGCAUGGUCAGCAUACCAGCCUGCUCCAGUCAUGUUACCGCCGCUCGCUUGAUCUGGCCGCCGAGAACGGCUGCAAGAGCGUCGCGUUCAGCGCACUGAGCACCGGUGUCUAUGGUUAUCCUAGCAAAGAGGCAGCAGAGACUGCUAUUGGCGAGGUCAAGAAGUGGCUCGACACUGACACUAAGGCCGACAAGCUCGAUCGCAUCAUCUUCUGCAAUUUCAUGGAGAAGGACCAGGACGCCUACUACGAGUGCUUGCCGUGA